AUGACUUGGGCCAUCGAAUUGUCCAAGUACAACUUGCAAUAUGAACCCAGGCAUGUGAUUAAGGCACAGGCCAUGGCAGACUUCUUGGUAGAAGUAACGGGGGACUCAGCUGAGACAACGAGCAUACGGUGGAGGCUCCACCUAGAUGAGGCCUCCAACCAGACGUUCGGAGGUGCCGGGAUCAUCCUGAAGAGCCCCGCUGGAGUCAUAUAUGAACAGUCGAUCAAGUUUGAAUUCCCGGUAUCAAACAAUCAAGCAGAGUACAAGGACCUUCUGGGUGGCUUAAUCUUAGCACGGGAAGUCGGAGCCACCAGGCUAGAAGUAUGCAGUGACUCGCAGGUCGUCACUUCUCAGGUUAAUGGGACCUACCAAGCCAGAGACUCCUUGUUACAGAAGUAUCUGGAGAAGGUCAAAGAGUUGAGCAAACAAUUCGAGGAGGUCACGAUCCAACAUGUUCCGAGAGAAAGGAACACACGGGCGGACCUCCUGUCCAAGCUAGUAAGCACAAAACCAGGGGCCGGCAACCGGUCUCUUAUUCAGGGUUUGAUAAAAGAGCCAGCAGUCACCCUCCACUUGACAAAUAUAGAUGCCUCCUGGAUGGACCCGAUCACUGACUUUUUAGAAAGGGGCAAGCUCCCUGACGACGAGAAGGCGUCCAAAGCGUUGAGAAGGGAGGCGGCCAAAUACGCGACCAUACAGGGACAGUUGUUUAAAAAGGGACUCAGCCAACCCUUGUUGAAGGGCCUACACCCUGACCAAAUGGACUAUGUGCUCAAAGAGGUCCAUAAGGGGUGCUGCGGUCAUCACAUCGGGGGCAAAACCCUAGCAAGAAAGCUCAUCAGAGCUGGUUAUUACUGGCCAUCGAUGAUGAAGGACUCCAAAGCAUUCGUAAGGAAAUGCAUCAUGUGCCAGGAGAACGCCAAUUUCCAUAAGGCGCCGGCGGCCGAGCUAAGUCUAUUGACGUCUUCCCGACCUUGCUCACAGUGGGGUGUCGACCUCUUAGGACCUUUCCCGGUGAUAAGUCGAUUCGGCAUCCCAGAAGUCAUUAUCUCUGAUAACGGGACGCAGUUCACUGAUAAGAAGUUCGUGGAGUUCCUCGCCGGUUUGGGCAUAAAGCAAAAGUUUUCAUCUGUAGAACAUCCCCAGACGAACGGCCAAGUCAAGGCCGCAAAUAAGGUCAUCUUGCUAGGCCUUAAGAAGCGGCUUGAUAAGAAAAAGGGUGCAUGGGUUGACGAACUUGCCUCAGUUCUCUAA